GGGUUAUCGUCUUUAUGCUGGUUGGUGAGCUGAUUUCUAGCUGCCGUGUAUUGACUUCACAUAGAUCUUGAGGUGCCCCUCGUCCCAGGGACUAAAGGUUUUUCUGGGUUCUUGAGUUUUCUUUUUAAAAUCGUCAAAAUGGGGAUCUAUGGUGGAUGGAUAUGAGUUUUCAGAAUCGAAUUGGGAAGAUAAAAGAGGAAAAAUAAGUGUUCUAGUGUUUUUGGUCGGUGCUAUGAAGUGUUUCAAUUUUUCCAAUGGAGAGAAGAAGGAUGAACCAAAGACUUCAAAGUCUACCUCGGUUCGGUCCUCGGCUUCCUUGUCCAAUGAUCGUGAUGUGAGGAGAUCUGGGUCUGAGUUUAACUCACUGAAUGCAUCAGAGAUAAGCACAGAAUCAUUUGGGCACACUGCAUUUCCAAGUUUUUCUCAGAGACCCAACAAUCUCAGAGUGUUUACAUACUCGGAGCUGAAGACAGCCACCAGAAAUUUCAACAGGUCACUGAUGAUCGGGGAGGGAGGGUUUGGAUGUGUUUACAGGGGUAUGAUCAAAAGUUCAGAAGAUCCACAAAACAAACUGGAUGUAGCUGUUAAACAGCUAAGCAAGAGAGGAUUGCAGGGACACAAGGAAUGGGUGACAGAAGUAAAUGUCCUUGGUGUGGUUGAACAUCCAAACCUUGUCAAACUAGUAGGCUACAGUGCUGAGGAUGAUGAACGGGGAAUCCAGCGGCUUCUGGUUUAUGAAUAUAUGCCCAACAGAAGCGUGGAGGACCAUCUAUCACCUCGGUCAUUGACAACACUUCCGUGGGCCAUGAGACUGAAAAUUGCUCAAGAUGCAGCUCGUGGCUUGACAUACCUCCAUGAAAAAAUGGAUUUUCAGAUCAUAUUCAGGGAUUUUAAAGCUUCAAACAUUCUGUUAGAUGACCAAUGGAAUGCCAAGCUGUCAGACUUUGGAUUGGCAAGGCAAGGCCCUUCAGAAGGAUUAAGUCACGUCUCAACAGCGGUUGUAGGAACCAUUGGUUAUGCGGCUCCGGAAUACAUUCAAACUGGACGCCUCACAGCCAAGAGCGAUGUGUGGAGCUAUGGAGUCUUCCUAUAUGAAUUAAUUACAGGUAGGCGACCAUUGGACCGAAACCUCCCCAAGAGUGAACAGAAGCUUUUGGAAUGGGUGAGGCCAUACCUGUCAGACAUGAAGAAAUUCCGGCUCAUUAUUGAUCCAAGGCUUGAGGGGAAGUACUCCCUUAAGUCCGUACAGAAGCUUGCAUCUGUUGCAAACCGAUGCUUGGUCCGGCAUCCAAAAGCACGCCCCAAGAUGAGCGAGGUGUUGGAGAUGGUGGACCAGAUUGUGGCAGCAACAGAUGUUGGAAGCUCUGGACCACCGAUGAGUAGUUUGUCGCCAAAAGUUGCUAUGGUAGAAUCCAAAAGAGAGGAAUCCUGCUCAAAAAGAAGAAUUGCAGAUUUUAGAUUUGGUGAAAUUAGGUGGUCAGCUUGGCGUAUGUGGGCACCAAAGCUUAUAAGAACACGAUGAUUGGAACAAAUAUUAGCCAAGGGACCUACAUACUUGGGUCGGUGUUUCUGUGAGGAAAGAAGAGUUUCUUCCUGAUGGUUAUCAAUACUUGAAAGAUAUAAUGUCCACUUAAAAGUUUGUUUGUUAUGUGAGGCAAUGGUAUGGAAUGCUUCCUUUUCCAGAAAAAUAACAGAUAUGUCAAAGGCAAACUUCCGAUCAAGAGUGCACUACUUGCUGUAGAGUGUUGAGACGAUAAUGGAGGCUGUUCGUUUGAAACAGAAGCUACUUUCUGCUUGCAAUAUAUUAUAGCUUCAUGUAUAAUUAGUAGAAAGUAACCAAUUGUUAAUCAGAUGGGAAUUUGUUACAGUUGUAGGUGAGUGAUGUACAGCAAGUGAUUGUUUGCAGAGUAAAGGAUCACAAUGUAGCAACUGCCAAGCAAGGUAUGGUC